GUGCAACCACAUAACCACCUAUAAAUACACACAACGCGCACCGAGUGGUAUCCAGUUCGAAUCCCGGCUCCGAAGUUGAAGAGGCAUAAUGAAAACACCGAUUUGCUUAGUUUUCCUGCUGGUAGCAGCAGUGGCUGCCAGCGAGAAGAAGACGCAGAGCAAAGCAGAACCCCUGGACAAGAAGUUGGACAAACGCGGACUCCUAGACCUCGGCUAUGGGUACGGCAUUGAUGGCUUGGAUGUCGGCUAUAUCGGCUCAGGUCACGGCCACGGUGGCGCAUACAACCUCGUCGACGGCGGCAUCGGCGCCGGCUACGGCAUCAACCUUGGUGGCCACACUGAUGUCACCAGGACCGUCACCCUCGUCAAAGGCGUGCCAGUGCCCGUCGCCGUAGAUAGGCCCGUGCCGUACCCAGUAGAGAAACACGUGCCCUACCCCGUCAAGGUGCCCGUGCCUCAGCCCUAUGAGGUAGUCAAACACGUGCCAGUUCACGUGAAGGAGUACGUCAAAGUCCCAGUCCAUGUCCCAGCCCCCUACCCCGUAGAAAAGAAGGUGCCUUACCCCGUACAUGUGCCCGUUGACAGGCCCUACCCCGUCAAAGUACUCGUGCCUCAACCUUACCCGGUGGAGAAGCACGUUCCCUACCCCGUCAAGGUCCCAGUGCCCCAGCCCUACCCCGUGGAGAAACACGUGCCAUACCCAGUGGAAGUGAAAGUGCCCGUCCCUCAGCCCUACCCCGUUGUGAAGCACGUCGGAUACCCAGUUAAGGUGCCCGUUGACAGGCCUUACCCCGUGCACGUGCCCGCUCCCUACCCCGUCGAGAAGCCCGUCCCCGUAGCUGUGCCCGUUGAGAAGCCAGUGCCCGUACCAGUGCACGUUCCCGUCGACAGGCCCUACCCCGUCCACAUUGAGAAGCCCGUAGCUUACCCCGUGAAGGUGCCCGUGCCGGAGCCCUACCCCGUGUACAAGCACGUCCCGGUCGCAGUUGAGAAGCCCUACCCAGUGCCCGUGAAGGUGCCCGUCGACAGGCCCUACCCCGUGCACAUCGAGAAGCACGUGCCCGUCGCGGUGGAGAAGCCCUACCCCGUGCCCGUCAAGGUGCCCGUCCUCAUCAAGGAACACGACUACGGCCACCUCAGCCUCGGAGGCUCCUACUACCACCAUUAGAUUAAUGUAGCUUAGUCCCAAAUUGUCAUUCAAUGAUUCAUUCGAAAUUAUUUAUAAAAUCUCGCCUGUCGACGGCCGGGACACCAGCAAAAUGAAAAUCAUUAAUUUCUCUUGUAUAUUUAUGUAAUGUAUGUAUGGGCGUACGUGUACGUAGUGAUAUAAAGUUACCAUUUUCUAGGUUAAGUCGAAUGUAAAAAGCUAUCGAUAAAUAUAAAUAAUUCUUUUUCGAA